CGCGGCCAAAGUGUCCUUUUUGUCAGUCACCUGGUCCGUUUGAAGAGGAUCUCGCCGGCCACAUGGCUUCUCACAUGGAACAGCUCGCUUUAUUCUCGGUACCAAGAGGCAUAGCCAAUGAAGAUGACGACGAAGAUAGUGACGAUCAAUCAACAAAAAGCGGUUCGGGAGUUCCUCAGGGUGGAGGGUCUGUGGCACAAUUCAGUCAAUCUGGCCUUCUCCGAUGCAGGUUCCUUGCCCCCACCGGUCUCUGAGAUUGAGUCUACAGGCCCUCAGACUAGCAAGCCGGUAUCCAAGCUAGGGAUGGGUGAUGUUCCUAAAACAGACACAGGCAUUGAGAUUUGGGACUGGCUUGCUCCAGAAGACUACACAGCAGCGUUCAACACCUUCCUCAAGCAGCGGCACCCUGGCACUCUCGAAUGGCUUUUCGACACCAUGGAGUAUCGAUCAUCGAUUUCUGAUAAGGGACAAAUGAUAUUCCUUCCUGGCUCACCAGGUACCGGCAAAUCUGUCUUGGCAGCUUCAAUAGUCAACGACAUCACGGAACGGUUCAUAUCACCCGAAUCUCGCGUCGCAUAUUACUUCUGCCCAUCUCAACGUCGAAAUCGGACCACUGAGACCCUGAUUCGAAGUCUUAAGAGCCAGAAACUUCAUGGCGCACAUAGGCUACCGAAGCUUCUUCGAGCCAUCCACAAGGGUUAUCUGAAAGAUGGCAAGCUGCCUUCGCUGUUGGCUCUUUUGGACGUUCUCGCUGAAGCAGCGGGUAAAGUAUCUAGGCUAUUCAUCAUCAUUGACGGUUUCGAUAUCUUAAGGAGCGAUCAAAGGCACUUAUUGUUUAAGUGUCUGGUUUCUUUAUCAAAACGAUUCGGCACGAACCUAUUCGUAACCUCGAGGUCGAUUAACCAUGUCUGCCGGCAUUUUGGACGCUGGCAGAUUGUGCGUGUCUGUGCUGUUGAGCAUGAUUUGAGACGCUAUGCUAGAGCAGUCAUACGGCGUGGCACCCCCUCGUUGCACCUCGACUCAGAAAAGCUAGAUGAGGCAGAAACACGAGUUGUGAAAUUCUCUAGAGAGAUUUUCUCGUUCGCCACGAUCAUUCUCGAAUCUAUAUCUGCGGAAUGGACGAAGAAUUUUACAGCAGGGGAGCAACAAAACAAGUUGAUUGAUAUAUUUUAUAGAGCUGAAAUGAAGCGUAACCUGAAAUGAAGCGUAACCAAGACUCGUCAGGGUUUGCGGUUGCCACCGAACUCCUUGCUUGGGUCGUGAGGUCCCCGACCCGUUUCAACCUCGAAAACAUGAAAGAAAUCUUGCUUCUGCAAGCGGAAUUAGAUCAGUCAAGAGAAGGCAGCGA